AAAUUGCUUGGUACAAUGAAACAUAUCUAUUUCUGAACUUUAAUACCUUCUGUUUAUCUAUUUUCAAGAAUACGCUGGAGAGCUAUGUAUCCUUGCAUGUAGAAGGAUAAUUCUCGAAAAGCUACAACACAAGCUGACUGAAGGCACUCGCUAGGAACCAGUACAGGGGUUGCAUUGGUGAGCCUCUAGAAUGUGAUUGAUAACCUGGAUUUCCACAAUACUUGAAGAUGACUGGAUGGGAAUCUGGACCUAAAGCUAUUGCAAAGGGGUGGUCCUGGUAAACUGCAACCGUGAUCCAUAAUGCAUAAUUUAGCUUUAUUUGUUGCUAAUUUGUUGAAAUAAGAUUCAGUUUUGCAUGCACAAUUCGAGUGAUUGCAUGUAGUUGCAUACUAGUAGUUGCCUACUGCAAGUUCCUUUUUUUUUCUGUGAAACUGAGGGAUGUCUCUCCCUUUCUAAUUCUACUUUUUUUCUGUGAAACUGAGGGACGUCUCUCCCUUUCUAAUUCUAGAAAAAAGAACAAAGAACCUGUAGAUUUAAAGAUUUUAGUCUGACCAUUCAAAAUAAAACAUAUUCUUAACAGCAUGAAGUAUAAUUCUUUUGCUUGACAUAUAUUCCUCGCUAAUUUUUGGACUAAUGAUUAUGAACAGGUUGACUAUAUAGCUCUAGGGUUCAGUAGUAAUACCAAAUAUGAAUUGUAUUUGUUAGAGAAGAAUUUUAUAGCUUGUGAACCGGUUAGCAUUAACCUAUGCCUUUUCUGAAUGAAUAUUGCUUUAGCUACUUACUGUACUGUAACUCCUAAAGAAGCAGGGAGUCAGCAGGGAAAAGUUGUAACUUGAUCUAUAAAAUUUGAAGUAGUCUGCACGGUAAUUUUUGCUUCGUCCCUACAAGAAGGGUUCAUUUGUGAGUGUCAAAGCAAUAUUCUGAUUUAAAUUCUUAGUGGAAGAUGUCUGUUAUCUUUGUUUUUUUCCAAAAAGAUUUUUUUAAUGAAAGAGUAAUAGCAAGUUGAGCUCUAGAACCGUAUUCAAGAAAACCUCAGCUCUAGAACAAGAUCCAGCACUGUGCAGGAAACAUUAUAACAUCAACAUCCAGUGUGUAUGACUGAUACAUGGGAAACAGUUCAUGUCCUGUAUGCAGCCUUUUGUAAUGUCGAAAGAUUGGCCUAAAAAUUAUUCCCUGUCCUCAGGAGCUCCCUAUAAAUUGCUUGCUUCCAUGGUGGAUCCAAGUCGCCAUUGAUCUAAAGUGCAUGUGGAAUAUCAAAUAGUUAGCUGCAACAACCUCAGAAGCUAGUCUAAACUAGUGGGAGGUUGUGUGCACAAAACACGAAAAAACACUUGAUCCGAGUAACGAUGGCUCGAGGUAAGGUUCAGAUUAGGAGGAUAGAGAACCCGGCGCAUAGACAGGUAACCUUCUCCAAGCGGCGGAUGGGCCUGCUCAAGAAGGCCAAUGAGUUAUCUGUUCUCUGUGAUGCUGAUAUUGGUGUUAUUGUGUUCUCACCUCAUGGCAUGAUGUAUGAGCUCGCCACCAAUGGGAACAUGCAAGUCUUGGUUGAGAGGUACAAGACUGCCUUUGGAGAAACGCAAGGUGCAAGUAGAAGAAAGAAGAAACCUCAGGCAAUACCUCAAGAAGUACUAGCACUGACACGUGAAAUUGAAUUACUUCAAAAGGGCUUAAGGUACAAAUAUGGUGAGAGUGAUAUAAACCACAUGAGUCUUGGUGAGCUCCACUCCCUCGAAAGUAACCUUGAAAUAUGGGUACAAAACAUUCGUUCCCAAAAGAUGCAGAUCAUGUCUAUGGAGAUUGAGAUGCUCAGGAACAAGGAAGACAUAUUGCAGGCUACCAAUGAUAUAUUCCAAGAGAAGAUAUCUGAGCAGAACGGGAUUCUGAACGCCAGUGGAUCAGUGAUGGUACCACAAGUGCCAUUUCAGCUGAACAGGGGAAGUAACUACUAUUUGUAAGCCUAGAUAUCCGUGAUGUCAAGUUUCC